AUUAAAAAGGAGUCCAUGUGAAAUCAGUGAAAGCCGUUCAGAACACCAAACAAUAAGCACGGAUCGGAACUCGUCCAGUGUCUAUCAUUUCACCUCCACAUCCACCAGUGAAUUUCCCCCCACCGAGGACACCAGCAGGCAGCGGACCCCCCCUCAAAGAUGGCUCCGAUUUGCAUUAAAACGGUGCUGAUCAGUGAAAGUGUUGACCCUCGCUGCAGGGCCAUCCUGGAGGAACAUGGCAUCUGUGUCACCGAGAAGCAUAAUCUGAAAAAGGAGGAAUUAAUCGCAGAGAUUAAGGACUAUGAUGGCCUUGUCGUUAGAUCUGCCACCAAGGUGACAGCAGAUGUUAUAAAUGCUGCUGAUAAUCUCAAACUCAUUGGGAGAGCUGGGACUGGUGUGGACAAUGUGGAUGUCGAUGCUGCCACCAAAAAGGGCAUUAUUGUCAUGAACACACCAGGUGGUAACACGAUCAGUGCCGCCGAGCUGACCUGUGCUCUGCUGAUGAGCCUCUCAAGAAAUGUGCCUCAGGCUGCGAUGUCCAUGAAACAAGGCAACUGGGAUCGCAAAAAGUUCAUGGGUGCAGAGCUGUACGGCAAAGUGCUUGGGAUUGUUGGGCUCGGUCGAAUAGGAAAGGAGGUUGCUACACGAAUGCAAGCUUUUGGCAUGAGGACGGUCGGCUAUGAUCCAAUCACUCCACCUGAGGUGUCUGCGAGCUGGGGGGUGGAGCAGAUGUCUCUGGAGCAGCUCUGGCCACAGUGUGACUACAUAACUGUCCACACCCCUCUCAUGCCCGCUACAGUUGGUCUCCUCAAUGAUGAAACGUUUGCAAAGUGCAAGAAAGGCGUAAAGGUUGUAAACUGUGCAAGAGGGGGCAUCAUCGAUGAGGAGGCUCUUCUCAGAGCUUUGGAGUCUGGACAGUGUGGUGGAGCUGGACUUGAUGUCUUUAUUGAGGAGCCGCCUAAGAACCGUCCUCUGGUGGACCAUCCUAACGUCAUCAGCUGUCCUCACCUUGGAGCCAGCACGAAGGAGGCGCAGGCUCGCUGUGGGGAGGAUAUCGCUCUGCAGAUAGUGGACAUGGUGAACGGCAAAAACCUGGUCGGAGCAGUAAAUGCUCAGAUUUUAGCCGGCACAUUCUCCCAGGAGUCUCAGCAGCUGAUCAAACUAGGAGAAGCUGUCGGCGCAGUUCUUCAGAGCUGCGCUACAUCUAGGAAACCGUUGAGUCAUGCUCACAUCAUCACCCAAGGAGACUACAUGAAGACCUGCGGGGGUUAUAUGACCUCAGCUGUUCUCGUGGGACUUCUGAACCACGGGUCUGGAUGCAGAGCUAAUCUCAUCAACGUCCUGAGCCUCGCCAAGGACAAUGGAAUAGUGGUGAAUGAGAGUCACUGGGUUACGGAGGUGGCAGCAGCUGGUAUGUGUAAGGUUGAGGUUAAAGGAGACGGCUGCAGUUUUAAAGCCACUGGAUCGGUUCAAGGAGGCGUUCCUGUCCUGCUGGGGCUGAACGACUGCGUCUUCAGGCAGCCCGUGUCUCUCACUGGAAACCUAAUGUUCCUUCAGGCCUCUGCCAGCCCUCAGCUGCUUUCGUCUGUGGCGGGAGUGUUGGCUUCAGAGGGAGUGCAGAUUGAUUCCUUCAGCGCUCCUGUGGACCAUAAUGGGGAUGUGUGGUAUUGUCUCGGGGUGUCGUCUCUCCUGCCAGAUCUCGGCGUCUUGAAGUCCUUUGUUAAAGAUGCAGCUCAGCUAACGAUUUAACUGAAACAGUCCCAGAAUAACAUUUAGUCUGUGGAAAAACCCUAAACUUCUCAAUAGAAUUGCAUAUAAAUAAUCUUUGUGUUUAGCUUUACAUCUAACAUGUUCAGUAGUUUCACACUUCUGAGUUUAAAAUUAUUUUUGAUAACAUUCCAGUAUUUAGUUGUUUGUUCAAUUGUAGUAAAAAUAAAAUAAAAUGUCUUGCAAGCGC